AUGGAAUUAGAAAAGAACAGCGAUGUUAAGAGCAAAAGAAGAUGCUUCAAUCAGAGCUCCCAUCUUUUUUCUUAUUUGGAUGAAGCUGAGCACAUACUCGUCAGAGAUGUUGCAGCAGGAGCUAACCACUCUGGCUUUGGCCAGGCACGUUCUGCCAGUGUUUCAGAAUUAAAGUUGUCAGAAGAAAGCUUACCUUAUUUAAGUUCAUCUUUAGAUGCAGAUAUUGAAAUGUAUAAUAAAGAGAGAAUGACAAUUGGCUGUGCGCGGGUAGAUGAAAGCAAGAAAGAAGCUGAUGUGUUGGGAAGGACAUGUGACAAUACGCACUGUAACUGCGGGGUUUGUGAUGAUUUCAGACAAAGCCAUUUAGGUGAAGAUUCACAGCUGGAGUAUCUCAGUGCUCACGAGCAAGAUUUUGAUGAUAGGAAUAGCUCAAGUGAGUUUUCUGAGCAAAAGGAAACCACAGGAAUCGAAACCUUAAAGGUGAUAGAUCCCGUUCAUGAAGUUCCAGGGGGUGGAGUCACACAGGAACAAAAUCUCAUUCACCUGUCAGAAGAUUGUUCUCCUUCUCCUGAGUGUGGUGUAGGUGACCAGACCUGCCCUGAAGCAGCUGUGCCAGAUCUUCCCCACCUGCUUCAGGACUCACUGCCUCUGCCAUAUUGUGAUAGGAUGACUUGUGAUCAUCAGGAAGAGCAAACAGAGUACCAUAGUGUUGUUUGUGGAAGUAUACUUGAAAGUCAUUCUUGGGGAAGUAAAGAAAGGGUCUUUCUAAGUCUGCUUGUAUGUGACAGUUUAGAAAAUGGAGAGGUGAAAGGCAUACCACUGACUGAUGGCCCACUGGCACCCCAAAUUGCUACAAGUGAAGAGUUGUCUGAAGAGAGUGACAGACACAUUCACAGCAAAUCAGUGAAGCAAGACAAUCCGUUACUGUCAAGAAGGCAAAGGGCCCUUGUGGAAGCCGUGCAACUUUACAAAUGUGCAGGGAACGCUGUUUUCUGCAGUUGUGAAGAAUCUGGUCCGUGCGCCUGUGGUUCCAGCUGCAUUGGCUGCACUGCAAAGGCUGUUGAAACCCAAUUUCCAGUCUCUGAAAUUCUCGCUAGCAAGAAUCCCUUUUUUGGGGUGCAAGUUGCAGAUGAAUCCUCCUCAGGAAAUACUAGCUGUCUGAACUUGGAGCAUCGUGAAAACUCAAAAAACGUUAGCAGUAAGGUUAACCAGGCUGUUGAUGCGUGUUCUGAUUUUAGAGCUUGCUUUACAACAAGCAGAAGUACCAGCACUCAGGUUUGUCUCUCAUCCAGGGCUGUUAAUACAGAGCUAACUAUGAACAAAUACCGACCCAUGGGAUGGCGCCAUGAAACCCGUGCAGAUGUUGCUUGCAAUACAGACUGGUCAUGUGCAGCUGGUAGUACAGAGGAAAUUUGGUCGCAGCUUACUGACACGCUGGAAAAACACUCAGAUGGCCAUACUGCAACAGCUGAAAGGAGUUCACAAAUUCGGGAACAACAGGAAUCAAAAAAUGAGCUUUGUAGCAGCAAUUUGAAGAUAAGCACUGACAGGCCGGUCUACCUUGACAAACAAGCUGUGAAGAAUUCUGCAUCAAGCUGCUGUCAAAAGAUACUCCAGAGAGCAAUUGAAGCAGAAUUGCAGAUUCUAAACAUUCAUUAUCAGAUGUGCUAUCAGCACUGCUUGAAGAUUUACAGACUGGCUUUGGAGGAAAACACAAGCUUUAGCAGAUGUAGUGGAAAUGAUGGAUUAGGUUCAUCUCUCAUGUUGGUUUUGGAAGAGCUAAAGAAGCAUUACAACAGUAUGAGAAUGAAAAUAAAAUUGAGUGUACCUUUAAAAGCACUUCCACCGCUAUCAGUUGAGAUGAAGUUGUUCGAAAUAUCUUCUUUUUAUGUCCCCUGCAAGCUGUUCAGAGAGGAUCUUUGCUAUGAUUCUGAUUCAGGCCUGAGAAACGCUGACUUGGAAGCACCAAAACUGCAAGAAUGGAAAACUUCUGUCAACAUGGACAAUCCACAGACAGUAUGUGUAACUGGCAGUCAGCCAAGUGACUCUACUUCCUCCACGACACUUGAAGAACAGCAUAAACAUAAGGAUGUGGAAUGUGGCUGUGCAGAAAAUGAAGAAGGGAAUGAAUAUUGGUUUGAUGCUAAAGAGGACAUGACAGUAGCAGAUUUUUCAGUAAUAGCUGAAGAAACAAAAAAGCAACAUGAAAAACAAGACACAGUUAAUACGAAAGAAAUGAAGAUAACGGAGGGUGGAAAUGAGUGUUCUUUUGUUCGUAUUGGUGGCCCAAGUGCCUCAGUGUCAGAGGGUGAUUUAAGAUCACAUUUUCAGAAGUGUCAGAUUUCUGAUGCUCUUACCUCUGUGGAUUCUAGUAACUACAGAUCUGCAUUUCUUUCCUUUAAAGACACUAAUAAAGCAAAGUUAGCUGUAGAGGAGAUGAACCAGAAAACAUCUCCUCCUUUCUCCACAAAUUCAUAUGAUGCCUAUAUUUCUCCUGAUACGUUGAACUUGAGCAGCUUUACCAAAGUGAUGAAGAAACUUCAAGAAAUUCAUCCAGGGGCUAGCAGAGACAAAAUUGUGGCUGCUUUGCUGGAGGUGAGGAAGAACAACAAAGGUACCCUAAGUGGCUUGUCCCUCAGUUCCAUUGUGGAAAGGGCCUCGGUAAUUCUAAGGAAGUCGACCCCCAGUUGUGGGUGGAAGAAGCAAUAUUACAUUUCAUCCUCUACGUCCGUACCCACACACAUCCCGGGAAGCAGAGCUCCGGAGGAGGAUCCCUUCCCGUGGGCACCCACCGCCCCCGAGGAGGCAGCACCCCACAGGCGGGCUGGCUGCGCGGCGGUGGCGGCGAUGGCUCUGCUCCCUCGGCGGUUCCUCUGCUUCCUGCUGGUGUUUCUGGAGCAUCAUCACGCUGCCUCCAGCCUGGCUGUUACAAGCCGCAGUCCUCGUGCUCGCUUCACUCCUACACUUAUCCAGGCCACAACCCCCCAGGAGUGGGACUUUGGGGGCCACCCUUCUGGAAGCAGCAGUGGGAUGGCACUGGCAGGACCAUAG